GGUCCGUAGAAAGGGAACCAGAACUAACCUGACAGAAAGGAAAUAGAGGAACAACUAAAGAUAAAGCUUUCAAGAAGAUUUCUUUAGUUGGUUUUAUUAAGACAUUGAACUACACAUUCUGACAUUUCUGAAGAGGACCCUGCAGACCAGCCCGAACAGACAUGAGCUGCACCCCUGCCAGCGGGGGCCCAGCUUCGCCUCACAGUGUGAUUACCAUCACGGGUCCAACAGAUUCACCCAUGGAGGAGAGUCCAGGACAGAGGAGAGGAAGCAGGGCCUACCAGAUCUUUCCUGAGUUUCCCGUGGCCACAGAGUCAAACUCAAAGUGUGAGCUGCACUGCAGGGAGCGGCUGCCCUCUAUCGUGGUGGAGCCCACUGAGAUGAGCGAGGUGGACAGUGGGGAACUGCGCUGGCCUCUGGACGGGCCAGAAGAGGACGAGGACCCCUUCAAUGAAAACAGCCUUCCUCGCACAGACAGCCCUUCUGGCGGGGAGCAGUCAGAAGACAUGGGGGCAGAAGACAGGUCAGCUGUCCGGAGGCAGUCUAUUGGUCCAGCUCAAGGCCAGCUCAACCUGUCCCGCCUGACUCCUCCACCCUCGCCCCCCUCCCCUGAGGCAGCGCCCCCCUCCCCCGAGGCAGCGCCCCCCAGCCAGAGGAGCACAGACAGCAGCUCACCCACACAGAAACUCUGACGUCACAUGACACUUUGUUCAUCUGACGUCACAUGAUACUUUGUUCAUCUGACGUCACAUGACACUUUGACGCAUUGCAUUUUGCAUAUCUGACCGACGAGGCUUAUACUGUAUGGUCACAAAAGAAAAGUAAAGACCUGUAGAUGUUAGUCUCAUCCCAUGUACCCAAUCAUAGUAUUUGAUGAAAGAGUAUGAGGAGUUUACAAGCAUGCACCUUGGGCAUCCCACUAACCUUCCUGCUGUGACUACUUUUACUUUAGUAAUACUGGCCUUUUGUUUUGGAACAAGAAUGUUGCAUCCUUAUUCUCCCUGGAGACCAUCACCUUUAGCAGCUUUAACACCUGAAAUUGUUUUGAGAUACUAAAGCUACUGGACACAUGAUAAAAAUCAUAUUAUUUCAUAAGAUAUAUAAAAACGAUUAGAAAAUGCUUUAAAUAAUUGCAGCAACACAGUUGUUUGUGUGUUGCCAUAACAACGUAAACAAAUAAAUAAAUACAACUCAUUAAUAUUUUCCUUCAAUUUGAAUAGUUUAGUAUACAUCAUGGAAAUAUAAAUAUCUGGUAAUUAUGCCUCCACAGAUGUGUUCAGGGGAUUGCUCUCCCAGGGCAGAAAUGUAACUAAAAUCUUACGUCAUUCAAGCGUAUUUCUGCCAUGGUGGAUCGACAUGAUCUAUGUUCUACCUCU